AUGGCGCUAAGAUCACUCAGUGAGACAUUCUCGUAUUUAAAAUCCGACAUUAGUGCAUUUGAAGAUAAAUAUCUAAAAAACAUUGAAGAAACUUGUUCUUCAAACGGUUUUGCCCUUUUGUCAGACACAAUUGCAUCCUCACAUUGUGAGGAUGUUGAAGGGCUUAUAUUUCAACAACAAGGAAAGGUUGUCUUACCUCCAUUUUCAUCUUAUCCACCGCUGAUGGUUGAUUUAAUGACAGGCAACCAUAUUGAUUGUGCUUUGAAUCAAAAUUUUUUCAAGCAUCUACGAAAUUAUAAUGCCUGUCUAUCUUUUGCUUCAUUCAUAGCCACAAUAGAUCCUCCGUCAAAUCGUGGUCCACCCUGUUUUAGAAUUAGUGGGCAAAUUAUGCAUCGUAUUGGUAAUCUAAGACAUCAGCAAGGGAAUCCACCUGCUUAUUGUCAAUUAUAUGUUUAUGAUCCUAAUACUGCUUUAAACUUUCGAAUGGAGCAAAAUGAUUGUUGCAUACGUGAGUUAAUGGAACUUUUGCAGGCUAUAAUUAAUCAGGAGAACCCAUAUGCGCUUGCAUUUAAAAACAUGGCAGAAGUUGAAGAUGCAGAAAUCAUUUUUUGCAGACUAUAA